AUGGAUAAUUUCAUUCAAAUGCUUCCUUCGUCAAUGCGGCGAUAUUCAACGUAUAUCGAUUUCGUUGGUCAGCAAAAAGCGGAACGAAUUUUUCAAGUGAUUUUGAUUGUGACCGCUAUUAUCGGAUUUUGCAUUGGUCAUCUUACUCAGCAGUUAUCGCACGCUAUUUAUACAGUAGGCAUCGGGUUUUUCUUAUCUUCAUUGCUUGUUGUUCCUCCUUGGCCUUACCUAAGACGUAAUCCGAUUUAUUGGCAGCCGGUGCAGAAAAUUGGUGAAACUUCCUCUCCCAAAGAGAAGAAAAAAACUAAAUAG